UCCAGAGAUGCGAGGGAAGUUACACUUGAUCUUUUUAGGGCAAAACAAAUAACAAGCGCGCGGAAACGACGACGAGGAUAACGGAGGCCAAAAACGACUGGAUUAUAUUUCAGCAAGCUGAACCCAACCGGUCCACAAAUGAGCAACAGCAGAUGAAUUCGAUGAGGUCCAGUCAGCUGAUGAAAGAGGAGUAACCACUUCAUCCACCUAUUGUUGCACUCCAUCUAGGGGCCAGUGAGGCUGAAGAGUCCCUUCAGCCCGCCUCAUUUCGCCACCAUUUCCUCUCAGAGUUGGUCCCCCAAAUCUGUUUCAAAACUGUUUCUCCAACGCUUUUUCCAGAAACUCAGACUGUUUUCCAAAGCAGAAGCAGCACAGCCCUCCCAGACUGAGGUGAUGGGAAGCGUGCGAGCCAACCGUUACAGCAUUGUGUCAUCAGAAGAGGACGGCAUGAAGCUUGCCACUAUGGCAGUACCCAACGGCUACGGGAAUGGCAAGGGCAAGGUGCAUACGAGGCACCAUCCGCAAAGCAGAUUUGUAAAGAAAGACGGUCACUGCAACGUGCAGUUCAUCAACGUGAGCGAGAAAGGUCAGCGGUACUUGGCUGACAUCUUCACUACGUGCGUGGACAUCCGCUGGAGGUGGAUGUUCAUCAUCUUCUGCCUCGCCUUUCUCCUGUCUUGGCUGUUCUUCGGUUGCGUCUUCUGGCUGGUGGCAAUUUUCCACGGGGACUUAGAAAAUGAUGCCCAGAAAUGCGUCUCUAAUGUGAGCAGCUUCACCGCUGCAUUCCUGUUCUCCAUUGAGACUCAAACUACUAUUGGCUACGGCUACAGAUACGUGACAGACGAGUGCCCUGUCGCUGUCUUCAUGGUGGUUUUCCAAAGUAUCGUGGGCUGCAUUAUCGAUGCCUUCAUCAUUGGCGCUGUCAUGGCAAAGAUGGCAAAGCCCAAGAAACGGAAUGAAACUUUGGUUUUCAGCCAUAAUGCCACAGUGGCCAUGAGGGACAACAAGCUCUGCCUAAUGUGGCGUGUGGGCAACUUAAGGAAGAGCCACCUGGUUGAGGCCCAUGUGAGGGCGCAACUUCUGAAAUCCCGAACGACAGCAGAGGGGGAGUUCAUCCCGCUUGACCAAAUGGACAUAAAUGUGGGCUUUGAUAGUGGAGUCGACCGCAUCUUUCUGGUCUCCCCCAUCACCAUCGUCCACGAGAUUGAUGAGGGCAGCCCCUUCUACGACAUGAGCAAGCAGGACCUGGAGAACUCAGACUUUGAAAUCGUGGUCAUCCUGGAGGGGAUGGUUGAGGCGACUGCCAUGACAACGCAAUGUCGCAGCUCCUAUGUCGCCAGCGAGAUUCUUUGGGGCCACCGGUUCGCGGCAGUCCUCUCUGAGGAGAAAAACUACUACAAAGUGGACUAUUCCCUCUUCCAUAAGACAUACGAGGUUCCGAGCACCCCGUUGUGCAGCGCCAGAGACUUUGCAGAGAAAAAAUACCUUCUCUCAAACUCCAACUCUUUCUGCUACGAAAACGAGAUGGCACUGGAGAACAAGGAGGACACGGACGAGGGGAACGGGGGCAGCGUUGGGCCCGACGGCACCCAGACAGACAACAUCUCAGAGACUGAACACAGCCAAGCCACUGUGCCACUAGACCUCCGGCCUCUGAGACGAGAAUCAGAAAUAUGACUGUUCAGACCUGAAGUGAGAGAUUUUCUAAAACCACCUCACUGCUCUAAAAGGCACAACCAGCCGAGCUGGGCCUUGGGUAGAGGACAAGCCAAACGGUACUGCUGUGGGAAGCGGCAAGGUUUGGGACUUUGUAUGUAAGAGUCUGCUUGAACUUUGACUACACACAGUAUGACAAAACACAGCACUAUGAAACGUGCAUAUUGCAGGAAGAAUUCUCCAUCAAGUCCCCAUGAAUGUGUGCUCAGUGUCUGGUGACUGCAAGGUGACAGAGAGGAAGGAUGUUGUUGAGAUGACUUGAAAGUUGCAGGCAUGUCUCAAUUUCUCUGUCCGGCAUGAACAAGACACUUUUAGAAAGGUGGUUUUUGUAGUUAGAAUAUGUUCUCAAGUGCUGCUAGAAAAUAGUGGAAGUUCAACAUUCUCGUAGAACCAAAGAGUACACGGAAGGUAGAUGUCUGGAACAAAGAAGGUACGAGUAUUUGUUCAUGAGCUGGUCUCAUAGAAGACAUCACAGAACUCUAAUAAAAAAAAAUGCACCAAAAACUUUUAUGCAACGAAUGUCAAAUGACUUGUAGCAACUUCUGACUUGACAGCACUGAUUUUUCUGCUCUUCUCCUUUAACCUUUGCAGUUAUUGAUCUGAGAGACCGUUCAUUGCUGGUCAGACUGAUAGAAACAUGCCUGCUCAUGUCAAGAGAUAGAGCAGGGUAGUAUUAAGGACAUCAAACUGACAGAAAAAUCAUUAAUUUAAACAGAGACCGGGGUAAUAUGAGAAUCUGAAUGUUCUUAAAAGUGCUGCUAUGAUGUUGCUUCUUUUUGUCUUUUUUUUUUACGGUUGAUAAAAAAUGCCAAAGAGUAUUAUUAUCAUAGUUAUAUGUUUCUUAAAGACAACACCUGCUUAGAUUUGGUACAGAGAAGUAGAACGUUUAGGAUGUUUUAAUAAGGUUUGUUUUUCAAGAAUGUGUGUACAUUUUUUUUUUUCCCUUUGAUCAUCUUUAUCUUGAGCCACUUCAUCAAGCCUUAAUGUCAAAGUCAAAUGGGGAAAGUGAAGAUGUGUAAAUCAACAAAAGUGGCAAAGGCUUAACAGUAAAGAAGAAUCACAAGGUCUGCAGUGUUUGCUGAACUAAUAAUUCAGUUAAUGGCCCACUCAAAAAGGAGAUUUUUGAAGCCAAACCUGCUUUAAAGGUUAUAAAAUACAAAGUGGUAUGUGCUGAAAGAUCUAGAUCUCCUGUUUGAUGUCUGAAUCUGAUACAGUGUUAUGAUUGGAGUUUGAAAAACAACAACAAAACUGCAAAAAUAUCAAAUCUCCAAGUUUAACAUUUUCAAUGCCGCUUUCCCUUUUUGCAGACUACAGAACACUACUCGAGUUUUCAUUCUCUGUCGUAAUGUUUUUGUUUUACUAGAUUUGAUGAAGCGUAGCUCAAAGCCAAAUGUACUGUAACCCCGGCAUAUGAAGGUGUACUGCACAAGAGUUUGCAUCAAUACAAAUUUAUAUCCUGUAUCGUUUUUUUUUAAAAAGAACGGAAGACAGAAGGCCACUAGGCUCCAUACAUCCUACAUGUGUAAAUACCUCCCUCCCUGUUGCAGUUAUUUUGUAUCAGUCUUCCAAAUGUACUGCAAAACAACGGAAUGUACAGAUUUUGUAUUAAUAUUAUUAUAAUUAUUAUUGUACAUGAUAUUAUAUUGUUCCUUUUUCAAUAAAAUGGUCAGUGGACAAUCUGAA